CCACAAUCUUUUUUUUUUAAAUGAAAGUGUUGAAAACAAUAAUGGAUAAUGUAAAUAACAGAUUUGCUUGUACUAUAAAAAAUGUAUAUAGUAGCUAAACAGUUUAUUUUAAAUUAUUACAUUGUGGUGUAAAAUCUCAUAUAGGAGACAAUACUAUAAGUCCUUUUGUGUUUCCUCCGAGCAUGACCACACUCUAUUCCCCUCCCCAGGAUUAUGGUGGCAGCGGGGUGGUGUUCUUAGUUGGUGGUACUGUGGCAUUGGUAGCCUGUUAUGUCAUAGGAGCACGAAUCGAUCGGUGGACUCCCACGUUUAAACAGAGAGAGCACAACCUACCUCUUGCAGCACUGGGAGCCUCUAUGCAGAUGAUGGGGUUUAUUGGGUUUAUCAUUGGGGCCCGUUACCAGAUAACUGCCCCAGGGGAGGGUCAGCUAGCAGCUCUCUGCGUCCUAAACAUUCUGUUGGCAGGAGCCUCCUCUGGACUCUAUGGGCUCAUCUUACAACGUCUGCUGAAGAGCUACUACGACGUGGAUUGUUUCAUCAACACCACAAUAGCUGGCAUGGUAACUGUGUGUGCAGGGGCCAAUAGCUACAUCCCUGGAAUCUCAGUAAUGUGUGGAGCCACCUCAUCAUUUUUCUAUUUCAUAAUGGAGUGGUUAGUAUUGAGGAAUAAGAUUGAUGAUCCACUGCAUGUCAUUUCAGGGCUGGGGCACAGCACGGGGAGGAAGGAGUACAAAGUGGUUAAGUGA